GAUUCAAUGUCUAAAAACAUGUGAUGUUCUUGAAUCGUCCAUACAGAUGGUGCAAGCAAAAACAAUUGCGUCCCCCACGCGGGAAGCGUGUUCUCCAAGUUGAUCCACCUCCCCGCCCCGAUAUCCCGUUUGAAAUUUCCUUUACAUCACCCCUUCCUUACACACUCCCUCUUUCAUUUACUUCCCCUUUCCUUCCCGCGCUUUCUCUUUUCUUACACACUACCCAAUCCUCGAUCAGAUCGCUGCCAGUGGUCUCUACGGCCACCUCGCCUGCCUGCCUGCCUUUCGGACAAAUAUUACCUGUCCACCGCAACCAAUUCCGGCCGAAUCCCACGCAAUCUGUGCCGCCUCUCCGUUUCGCUCUUGCUCCUAUAUAUAUAUGUAUAUGAAGUACCGAAGGUACCUAGUUAAUUAUAAGCACCCGCUCCGGCCAUACAUACAAUACAACACCUGCUCAUAACUAACUGAAAAUUGAGCACCAAGUAAUACCGACAGAAAUCACAGCAGAUAUACUUCUUGUACAUAACAUUACGUACUGGAUUCAUUAGGAUUUGACGUAGCAUAGGUUAGACCGAGUAAUUCGAUUCCCAAGAUCUAGCUAGAUAGCCGGCCGGCCAGUAUUCGCAGCAGCUAGCAGUUCGAUUAUAUAGAAUGGAAGGCGAAUUAGGCGACGGGAGCGUUCGUCUGCAAAUUAUGGAGCAGCCGAGUGAGGCGAGCAUCUACAUGUCCACCUUAUUUGAGCCGCAGCGCGAGACGCCACCCUCGUGCGACGGCGACGACGGUCAUCCUCGCGGCGGCAGCUGCCCGUCGAUGUACUCGUGCCACGACACCUAUGAGGCCCCCGAGAAGAAGCUGACGCUUUUCGCUCUGCGGCUGGCCAUCCUGGAGAAGGCUGCGAGCGGCCUGGGCGCGCUGGGCUUCAUCUGGGCCACCGUCGUGCUGCUCGGAGGGUUUGCCAUCACGCUGGAGAAGAAGGACUUCUGGUUCAUCACCGUCAUCCUACUCAUCGAAGGGACGAGAAUCUUCAGCCGCAGCCACGAGCUGGAGUGGCAGCAACAGGCUACGUGGUCCCUCGCCGACGCCGGCCGCUCCAGCUUCCGCGCCCUCAAAUCCAGCUUCCGGUCCCUCAGGCUCGCCUUCCGGCCCUUCUCCAUCGACAGCGCCAGGAUCGCGAGCGACGUAUGCAAGACCGGCGAGCCGCCGAGGGGUGUGCUGGGGAGGCGGCGGCGGACGUGGCAGAGCGCCGACGUGCCGCUCCUGCCGUACGCCGGAUGGGUCUUCCUCUCGCGGAACAUCAGCCGCGUCUUCUACUGGCUGCAGCUGCUCUCGGCCUCGGCCUGCGUCUCCCUCUCGCUGAUGCGGCUCAUCGAGCAGGACUUCGGGGCGGUGCGUGCCGGCGACACGGACAAGACCAACCGCAAGUCGGCGCUGAAUAUCUUCUACGGGCUGGCGCUGGCCGAGGCGCUCAUGUUCCUGGCCGAGAAGGCCUUCUGGGAGUACAAGGCCAGCCACCAGCGGCUGCUCGAGCGCGUCAAUGCCGAGUGCCAGCUGGGCCCCUCCGGCAUGGUGUCGAUCAAGCGGUUCUUCUACGACGCCUACUCCAGGUGCGUCAACGGCAGCAUCUUCGACGGGCUCAAGAUGGACCUCGUCGCCUUCGCGGAGCAGCUCCUCGUGUCCAGCUCCCGCGACGAGCAGCUGAUCGGCGCCCGGAUCCUCAUCAGCUUCGCCACCAGCCGCCCCUUCGCCGACAGCACCCUCCGUAAGAUCGGCACGUCCACGGCGGUCAUCGAGCGGCUGAUCGACAUGCUGAACUGGAAGAACGCCAACCCGGCGGAGGAGGAGAUCCGGCGGUCCGCGGCCACGAUCGUCUCGAAGCUGGCGGGCAAGAAGCAGAACGCGCUCCGCCUCGCGGGGAUUCCGGGCGCGAUGGAAUCCAUCUCCUCGCUGCUGUACACCGGACGGAGCGUUCCAAGGCCGGGGGAGAUAUGCGGUGCUGCAGUACACGCCGCCGCUGCCGCCGAAGACCGAGCGAGCUGCUACGACUUGUCGGCCUUCAAUCUGCUCGGCCUGCUGAUCCUCAAGAAGCUCGCGCACGACCACGACAACGGCGACAAGAUGGGGAACGCGCGGGGCCUGCUGGACCGGAUCAUCGACUUCACGAGCAUGGGCAAUAAUGGCUUGCGGACCGAGUCGCAGAUCAAGGCGGUGAAGCGGUCGCUGCAGGUGGUGAAGAUGCUGGCGAGCACGACGGGGCACACGGGGAGGGCGCUCCGGCAGGAGAUAUCGGAGAUCGUCUUCACGGUCAGCAACAUACGAGAGAUUCUGCGGUGCGGGGAGCAGCACAUGGAGCUUCAGAAGCUGGGGAUCGGGAUCCUGACGAGCCUGGCGAUGGACGACGAGGGGAGAGAGAGGAUCGGGAGCACGGGAGGGAUGAUCAGGGAGCUGCUGAGGAUAUUCUUCUUCCGUCCGACCACUCCUGCCCCUGCCCCUGCCCCUGCCCCUGACAAGGAGGAGAACGCGGUGACGACGGAAGCAGGGGAGGCGCUCUCCAUGCUGGCGCUGGAGAGCAGGCGCAACUGCGAGAGGAUCCUCAAGCAGACGGACGUCGUGGAGAGGCUUGUGGCGGCGUUGGACGAGCCGGCGCUCCGCAUCGAUGCUUCUAGGAUUCUGCACAAUUUGUGCGCCUACGCGGGCUCCCAAUGCUACCUUCGACUGAGGCCGGUCACCCACGGCAUUACCACGGUGCUUAAUGCAAUCAUGGUGGAGAAGUCGAAACUACUCGAGGUCUCUCUCGGUCUCACCUCUCAAAUGUGCAAAUUCAUGAGCGCCGAAGAAUUCAGCGGGCGAUUGUACAAAUCCGGCAUUUCAGAAUCCGACUUUGUGAUCAACCUGAUCCGCAUUCUAAACAAGUAUAACCAUCCAUCCGUAAAGGUUCCCAGGAUAAGGAGGUUUGUGAUUGAGCUGGCGAUUUGGAUGAUGAGAGCAGAUUCAAACAAGAUCAAGCUAUUCAUCAGUUCUGGGAUGGAGAAGGAGCUACGAUCUGUAUCGGAGACAACUUCGGAGCUCGAGUGUUUCAAUGUUUUCUCCGGUAGCGUGGGACUCAGUCCGCAUGAUGUUAGUCUUUGUUCUUUAGUAGACACGGCACUGCUACUGAUGGGAAAAAGCUAGCUAAAUGGAGAUAUUCGUUACGUACAGAAUAAAUGUAAUAUCAAUUGUUAAGCAAUUCUUUCAUUCA